AUGUCGCUUUCGUAUAUCGAGCGCCUCCCGACCGAGUUGAUCCAGCCUAUUUUCCUCGCAUCCGGUCCGAAUCUCGCCCUGCCUCUUACCUCCCACUACAUCGCAGCAAAGCUUUCACACAAGUCUACCUACUACGCAGUGUGCACACAAUACCUGAAGAAGCGCCUUAUUCACAACCCAAAUGUUUCGCUCAAUCAGACUCGACUAUUUGCGUCGAAAUGGAUGACGUGGGAAUACUUUAAGUCAUUUCUCUUCGACGCUUUCGAGCAUAUUGGCUGUCUUUGCGGCAAGACUGCACAGGAAGGAUGUUUCGACGCCCAAUGGCCGCCAAAUUUCGAGGAUGCAACGGCCAUGACAUUCAGCCGCAGUCAUUGCCCGGCGCUAACAUUUGUCAAAUGUCGUUUACCUGUGAAGUUACUACACGGACCCUGGACGCAAGACAAGAUUCAGUUUCUGCGGUUCCUGCUUUGGAUGACAUCCAUGACUGUCGAAUGGGCCAACCCUGAGGUUUUGAACAUCGUCCGCGAGGGAAGAAGGCAGGCUUUCCUAGAGAAAAACCUGGAAGCUGUGCAGCUGUUCAAUCAUAAUCGACGUUUGGGCAGAUCACCGGACUUGGGCUCAGUACGAUUUGCUGUCAUUGAAGCCGACUGCGUCAGGUCAAUCGUCUACGACACGAUGGCGAGCGCCCGAUUGUCUGGCUCGAGAGGCAGAGACUGGGACUGUGCCGAACUAGACGAGUGGUGCGAAAAGCGCAUCGAGGCUGGAGAUCCGAAAGGAACGUGGCUGAAAGUAAAAUUACAAGAGCUGAGGCAGGUCGAUAUCUUCAAAAGUAGGGAUGGGGAUUACGAGCGCAAGAUCUAUGGAGAAAUGAAUGCUGAAACUGGAGAUUACGAUGACGAGGGGGAUGAGUUGGUAAUCAAUGACCUGAAUUGGAACAAGGUAAGAAACUUCUCACCUGUCCCUCGUCACACCUACAAUCCAUCGAUGGUGGUGCCCCCAUACUGGUAUGUCCGCCUAUACCUGUGCGGAUCCGAGUAA